AUAUGUGUGACAUUGCCCGGCCACUUCCCAGUGCUGGAAUGUUUCGACGACCUAAUUAGACAUUUGGAUUGAACCUUAUGACUAACGCUGAUGUUGUAGCUUCCAAGUUGGACAUUGAAGAAUAAGGACCCCACUGCUGCAGCCGUAUUGAGCGGGCCUGGGCUUGAGAUUUCAGGGUCAGAGAAAGUAAUGCUCUCACGCUAAACUUUUGCUGUUUUCCGAUUGAGUGUCGCUUGUCGUCUCCGCUUAGCUGUUUACUCCCCGUAGGGUUACGACUAUUAAUAGCGUAGCUUCUUGGUCUCCUUACCCAUGUCUACGCACCUUUUCCCUGGCGACACUGGCCAGUCGCCGUUGCAGCUACCGUUGCAGCUGCGACAUCAACUUCACCAGCACCAGCAGCAUCAUCAACAUCAGCAGCAGCAACAACAGCAACAUCAACUGCUGCAGUUCCACCUGAAUCAGCAGCAGCAGCAGCAGCAGCAGCACCAUCAGCAUCCGCAUCAGUUUCAGCCUUUGCAGUCGCCACAGCUUCUACAUCACCAGCAGCAGCCGCAAUUGCAACAGCAGCAACCGCAAUCGCAUCAGCAGCAACAGCAACAGUUGCAGCUCCAGCUGCAGCAGCAACAACAACAGCAACAGCAACAGCAACAGCAACAGCAACAGCAACAGCAACAGCAACAGCAACAGCAGCAAGUGCAUCAGCAGCAGCAGCAGCAGCAACAACAAGAGGUCUCACCGCUUUCCGCCGCGCUGCAGCUUCUCCGCACGGAGCUCAUCCUCGUUACAGCGCAGCGCGACGCCGCGCGCGCGGAGCGCGAUGCCGCCGUCGCGCGGCUGCACAUAGUCGAAGCGGAGCGCGACGCCGCGGUGGGGGAGCGGGCGGCAGCGGUGGCGACGCGGGACUCGCUUAUCCAAUGGAUGGACGGCAUGAUAGGCGACGCGCGGAAGCUCGGCCACGUGGCAAGACAGGACGGCCAAUGGGGUGGGCCCGGGGAAGGAAUGGAAGGGGCGAUGAUAGUAGCGGGAGGAGAGGGCGAAGACACGGAUUCCCGGGCCGGUUACAACUAUGGGAGGGGCGGGGGGGACGAAGAGGAGAGUGACGUACCGUUGUCGCACUUCCUGAGGGAGAGGGCGGGCGUGACGCUGAAUGGGAUGAAGCGGCCGCGAAAGGCGGAGAGGGAUCAGGGGAAGGAGGGGCAGGGAGAGCAGGAGGGGGAGGAGGAGCAGCUGGCGUGGCUGCACCGGCAAGUGGUGCUAAAAGGGCUGGAGAUUUUCAAACACGAGGGCCAGCAGCAGCAGCAGCAGCAGUCUGCCCAGAUGGGUUUCAAGUGGCAAGAAGCAGUGGCUGAUGCAGCAACGGGAGAGGCAGCUGAAGCUGCUGCUGCCGCCGCCGCUGCUGCUGCUGCUGGUGGAAUGGCCGGUCAGGAGGGUGCAGGUGGGGCGGCAGGAGGGGGUGAUGGCGCAUGGCAGGCAGGGGCAGCAGCUACAGGGUCUACCCCUGGGGGUGGGAAGAAAGGGGGCAAGAGAGGCGGUGGGAAGGAUGGCGGAACGAAAGGCGGAGGAGGGGGGAAGGGCGGGGCUGGGCAGGAGAACAGUGGAGCGGGGACGUCAAAUGCUGGCAACCAUGCUCUUAUGAAGUUCCCCAUUCCCUACUGCUCCUGCACGGGCCAGCCUCGGCAGGUGCACCGCAACGGCCACUGGGGCUGGCAAUCCGCCUGCUGCACCAACUCCCUCUCGCAGUACCCGCUUCCUCCACACCCCACGCGCCGCCACAACCGCAUGUGCGGGCGCCGAAUGUCCGCCUCUGCGUUCCUCAAGCUCGCGCAGCGGCUUGAGGGAGAGGGCAUGGACGUGCGAGCCGUGCCCAUCGACCUCUGCCCCUACUGGGGCAAGCACGGGUACAACCAGCCCAUUGCGGUCGCCACUCACUCGAAUUUUAACGCGCUUGGGUCUGAUACUGGGGUUGCGGUGGGCGCUGGCGGGUCUGCUGAAGCCGUGGUUGAUGCGGACGAUGGUGUGGGAGGUGGUGGGGGGGCUGUUGGGGGUGGUGGUGGGGGGAAUGACUGUGGUUUUGCUGCUGGUUUGUCGGGUGGAAGUGGCAGUGGGAAUGGGGAGCAUGAUGAGGGGCGAGAUUGUGACUCCACUGACGUUCUCUAAGUUAGUUUUAGCUGAGCUGGUUUCCAUGAUGCCACCAUUGUUGUUGCUAGUAUUGCAUGCAGUCUAGUCUCAUAUC